AUUUUAUAUAAUAUUUUAUUUCUUUUAAUAUCGUUUAACUAGGAGUCAAGGAACUGUAAUCCAAUCACUAUUGACAAAUCUAAUAUACAUUACAUCCAAAUUUAAUAGAAGAACAAAGAAGAUUUUAUCCCAAAAUAAGUCAAUACAAUUAUUAGAAGUACGUCAAAUUUUAAUUAUUUGCUUUUGUUUGCUAAACAAAAUAAACCCUCGUAAAAAAAAAGUGACUCAUCUAAAGUAAACUGUUAAGAAAGUUCGUUACAUAACCGCUACCUUCUUCCACAAGUCAUAUAAAUACAGCUUCUUCCCCAAACUUCAAGCUCUUCUCUCUCAUUCACCUCUGCACCACAUUAUUGCGCCAGAAACUAUUCGAAGCUUCCUCUGUUCCUAUCUUCAAUGGCGGAUCAGAACGACCCACACUCCGAUACUCCCACCGAAGAAGCAACUCGUCUCCCUCUGAAAAAGAGAGGCUACGCAGCGAAAACACUUCCUGGUUUAAACAACAACGACGACGACUCCUUCUUCCCUGAGGAAAAGGACAUGAAACUCGAUAAACUCAAGAAAAACGCUUACUACGAAGUUCUCAAGGCCUUCAUCGCAGAGUCUUCUACAAUAUCCGGACCAAGGAUUAUGAUCAUGAAAGAACUCAAGAAGGAGCUGAUGAUCGAUCAUGACACUCACAGCGAUUGUCAGAAGCGAGUCAAAACUGAUACACUGGUCCUAGAACUGAGGGGAACUUCUUCUGAGAAGGCAACAGAGAGAGUCACUAACGCUGAGGAAGAGAAGAGCACUUCCGUAGAAGGAGAAGCACUAAAGCCACGUCUAGUAGUGGACAAGAAAUACGUUCUCAAACUUCAAGAAAGAUUCAACGUAGCUCCAGCAAAGAUCCAACAAGAAACGGCUGAACCGAGCGAUACUAAUACUACUGCAAAGAUCCAAAAAGACAAGGCAGAAGCGAGUGCUACUACCACCACUACUCCACAAGAGUUACCUUUCCCAAGCUGGGGCCAUGUUGCUCCUGAGUCUCUUGUUAACAGCAUCAUCAAUAUAAGAAUAUACGGUGACAACGACCACCUUCAAUUCCAAAUCAAAGCCUAUAACGCAGAAACGGAAAUGCACCAGCUGGUGACUUUAGGAAACACAAAGGAACAGGACGACCCGUUGGACUGGAUCGAUAUUAGAUAUUUUCCAAGGGAAGAUAUAGUAUGGCAAAAUCAACAUCCCGGGUUCACAACACGCAACUGCUUACUUAAACCAGGCCAAACCAUCUUGAACGCAACCACUACAGCUCGUGAGAAGACGCCAAUCAAAGUGGUUGGAAGAUCUGCCAGUGGGAUUCCUAUUAUCAAGAUCAAGAAACUUGAUAAGGGAAAAGCUAAAGCGCAGUAGGGGGAUGUAGAGAAGACCAGAAGCAUGACAAGAAUCAAGACAAGAACACUCUCUUUUAGACUUGUUUCAGAUCUUUUUCUCUUUUAGUAUCGCUGUACAUAUGUUUUUGAUGCCUUAGUAGAUUCUUGAGACUAUAUAAGAUAGUUAAAGCAGUGUAAUAAUGACUCUCAUAACUUCCUUGUACGUUUCUUUGGGCGAGUAGAAGAACCUUCCUCCU